AUGCAGGAGUUGGACCUGUUUGACAUUUUCUUUCACCUGCACCGUGUGAGCAAGGACCGUGAGACCCGCUUGAUGGCAUUGCUAUCAGGCGUUGCUGUCUUCAAAGAUCUCGUCCCAGGAUAUCGUAUCCGUGAGCCCACGGAGCAGGAGAGGGCACAGAUCCGAUCCAAGCCAGUGCUGGCGUUGGAGAGGUACGAGUUGAAGCUCUUGCAGACUUACAGGCGGCUGCUGCCAGAUCUGGAGGCCAUGAGCUGGCAGCUGGCGCUGGAAGGCCCAAGACACUGCGAUCCUGCUGGUGAGCCACCCCUCCUGUUGCUGCCUGGCUCUGCGCAAGUUGGCCGUGGGCAAACUGCCCACAUCCGAUCAACUCACCAGUCGGUGUCGAGAGUGCACGCUGAGCUGGUAGUCGUCGCCACGCAAGGUUCCUUGGACCAUGCGUGCCCUCUGGAAAUCAGUCUCAUCGAUCGAUCAUCCACCGGCCACACCUUCGUGAACGAGCUGAAGACUCCAGGCAAAGGAGUUGCGGUCAAGCUGAAGGAUGGUGAUUUCUUCACCUGUGGCAUCGAUCCGCUCCGCUACACAUUGAAGUGGAAGCCGAUUGUCCUGAGCAUAUCCAGCCGCCUCUCCUCGCCGGAGCUGCAGAAUCUCAAGGAUCUGGCACGCGCCUGCGGGGUGUUUCUCACCUCGGAGUGGACACUGCAAUGCACUCACUUGCUUAUUGAGCAAUGGGCAAUCACACCGAAACUUCUGUGCUGCGUCGCGGACGGCGCGCUGCCCGUGGCUUCGUCUUUUCUGGACGAGCUCGUUUCCCGCCGCGAUGCGGAGCUCCGGCCACCGCCUACAGCAGCAUCCUGCUCCCCGAGCCCGCCUGCAGGAGCCGAUGCAGCCUACACUGCGGAGCUCACUGCCUAUGCUGGCAAUCCAUCUCCUCGGCGGGAGCUCCUCAAAGGCAACUGGGUCAUCUUCAGCGCCAAGCAGGCCUAUGACACGCUUCACCUGCCCUUAGAGCACGCGGGGGCAUCAUUGCUUGUCCUGACACAGGAUGUACCGGCCAGCAGCGUGGUACAAGACCUCAAGCGAGGAGUCGCGUCACAUGGAGCUCCAGAGGAGGUUUGGAUAAUCCCUGCAUUGCCCCCCGGAUUGCCUGCUCUUCUGUCGGAGCUUGGCGAGCUUCGGUGCCCGUGCUUGGUCGUCGGCCAGCAGGCCGUGGUAGCUGCCUUACUCUCAGGGCAGAAGACACGUGCAACUCACGCAGCGACGCUCAUUCCCAAGACGGAGCUUCCGGACAGCUUCCCAGAGACGCAUCAGCAGCAUGAUUCCACACAGCAGCAAGCACCACUCCAGCAGCGAAAGUCCAGAAUAAGCCGCAAGCGUCCGCUGCCCUGGGAGGCAGCGCCAGCCGAAGAGCCUGCGAGCUCCUUGCGUUCGCACGGGGCCCCACCGGGGCCCCCACCGCAACCCUCACCGGGGCCCCCACAUGCCUCGCCCACUGGAACUGGAGCUGGAGGAAGUGUCGAGCACGCUCCCGGUCCAGGUCACGCGCCCUUGCUGCGGCCAAAGCCCGAGCCGGAGCCUGCCGAGGAGGCGCAAAGUCAGCGAGCGACUUUGAGCUUGCGAGCAACAGUGCCGCCAGUGCCGACAAAGCCAGAAUUGGACCAAAAGCAGGAAGAAAAGAUAAAUGCGGGCACCCUACAGUCCGUCCACUCGACAUAUCCUCCUCCUCCUCCAGAGGUGAAGGCAGAGCAGGAGGAGUUCAUCAUUGAUGGUGCCGAGCCUGUGGUGCACCCGACUGGGACAUGGCUCAAUCCGUUGAAGGCCCGAGUCUCCAAUCGACUUGUCUUGGAAGGUGUCGAGUUGCCUCGUGCUUCGUGGACGACUGCAGAUAAGCGGGCACCGGAGGUGCGGCCGCCGGAAGGCAAGCCCAACUACAAGCGCUUCCGUAAGGGGCAAUGCGCAGCAGUCACCACUUUCGUGCACGUGGUGCCCUGGGCACCCCCGGCGCGUCGGGUAGAUUUUGAAACCCAGCCUUCCAUCGAGAUGCGAGAGAGCGAGAUUCCGAACUUGGGCAUGUGA